AAGACAUCCUCUAAUGUUUGACUGUGGUUCCGGUAUCACACAGAGCAAACAGCAUCAAACAGGCUAGUAACCACCCUCCAGCUCUCCUCCUCCUUUGCUCUUGCAUCAUGUCUUAUCACCAUCAGUUCCCCAUUCAUUUAUCCAGCAGUCUGCAGGACUGGAUAAAAUUAGCAGCCGUAUAUGGAUACUGACCCUCAUGCUCACUCUCUUUACAUAAGAAACUUCACUUAUUUUUCUUUCUUCUCUGAGCUGGAAUACUCAGAUCAUGUUGCUACGACUGUUAUUGAGACUUUGACUAUCACCACUGUCUUCCUGGUGUCUGUGGUAGCGAAUGCAGGAGCUGCUGUCCUGGUAACGUGUGAGCGUAGACCACUGGCUAACAAGACCAUCCUGACCCUCAACUUGUUUGUGGCUGAUCUGUUGUUUGUCAGCAUGAUCCCACUGAUUGUGUCGGUGCGUUGGACUGUGUCGUGGACGCUGGGCGACAAAGCCUGUAAGACAGUGCUGUAUGUCAUCUGUAUGGGCGGCUGUGCCACCGUAACUACACUGGCCUCCAUCAGCGUGGAGAGGGUCCAGGCCAUUCUUCGCCUACAGACCAUGCACACUCUCAGCCCCAGGAUGGUGACUGCCACUCUCAUCUUCAUCUGGGCCUUUUCUGCACUCAACUCUGUACCCCUCAGCGUGUUCUUCAAAGUGAUGGAAGUGGAUUUCCCCAAUCGGAAACGUGGACACAUCUGUACUCUCAAGUGGCCUGAUGAAACUGGAGAGAUUGUAUGGGAUGUAUCCUUCACUGCCCUGUGCUUUCUUCUCCCAGGGCUCAUAAUUGGGACCAGUUACAGCAAAAUACUACAGAUUGCUAAAAGUUGUCGGGAAAGGUUUCGACCCAGAGACAGUCAGCCCACAGUUGGAGAUGUUCCUGACUACCGCAUCUCCCGCCAAGAUAUGAAGCUCUUCCGUACUAUCCUGGUCCUGGUGCUCUCUUUCUUAAUCAUGUGGAGUCCUAUUUUCAUCAUCACCUUCCUCAUACUAGCCAGAAACUACCUGGGUCAAAUACAUGUCUCGUCCACCAUGUUCUUCUGGGUGGUAACAUUCACACUGGCCAAUUCAGCCCUCAACCCCAUCCUCUACUCGGUCUGCCAGUUCAAGAGCAGCUGGCGUAAGUUCUGCUGCAGUUCCAUGGUAGCGCCACUGAGAAAAGGACCCUAAAAUUGAAGAUUUAUGCUCACAAAAAGCAUACAACGCCUUGUCCAUACGUCUUUGUUACAUCUGAUAGACAGCAUACUGUAUACUUCUUAUACUUCAUUUAUUUGCUUGGUGUGUUACUGUCAAAACAACAUUUCUAGACAUUUUGAGUGAUAAUUUUAAGAUUGUAGCACCUCUGAAAGAGAGAACAUUGAACACUGUCAAUUUAUUUUUAAAAAUAGAUCGUUUUUAUUUUCUAUCAUUAGUUUCCAGUCUACAAAAAUCUGUCUUACUUUGAAAAGUCAAAUACAUGCAGUGUAUUAGCUGAAUUCUUGUUUAGUUAUUUAUAAUUUAUUCUAUAGCAAGUGCAAUAAAUGUGUCAAGAAACUGAGAGAAAAGUCAAAGUUAAAUAUGGUUGUGGAAAAUAUUGGAGUCCUAUGUUUAAAACUGAAUUUUUUAGGCAUGUCAUUUUCAAGUUAUCUGGGAGAAGAAAGACUUUGCGGGAUUUUGUAUCUCGUCGCCAGAUCAUUCUGAGGAGAUCAUGUUUGACUGCCAACAACUGUAAUCAAACUCCAAGCAGUAGUAAACAAUCCCACUUAAUCCUGUUAGUGGUUAGAUGUAGCUGCCAUAUAACAGAAGUCCACGACAGCCCAGGAGAGUUAGACCCAUGGAAUAAACACACGAGCAUCUUUGGAUGAAUUUGGAAAUUAGACCACAGUACUGCUGGGUGUCAUUACUUGUUGGAGCAGCUGGUUUGUAGAUAUUUCACUGUGCCAGCUGUCUCUGUAUCACUAUAUUAUUCUGUGACUGCUUGCUAGUUGUCACAUUGUGGCAGCAUCAUGUGCAACAGAAACAUAAGUAAAGCCAAAGAUGACUUUCUUCAAGAGCUCUGUUGUGCUGUAGGCUGUAAAUUGAUUGUGGAUUCUUGCCUCAAAUCACUUGCUCUCAUGCAAAGCUUCUCAGACAACUUAAGACAUUUAAACACAGCGAGCAAUGGCUCCUCUGACCUUUGGCUGGAGUUAUUGUUAUGCUAUUAUCCUUCCUCUCCUGAAAUCAUACAGCAUAACUUUCCACAAUGUGCACUAAUCUUCAAAAUAAACCAACACCAUUGUGAUUUCUGUUGUGCAUUUACAUAACAGAUGAGAUUGUGAUCACACAUCAUCAAACAGAUUCAUAGAAACCCAGGAAUUAUUACAAUCUGAACUUGUUGAUCCCUAUGCUCUUCCAGUGCAGGUCAUACUAGGUGCCAUAACUCAUCCAUCUUUACCUCUGAUUGGAUUUGCUCCACUGAAAUGACAAGUAGAUGGAUUUGCAAGUUAAGAAAGCUCAGGGGCUUUAUGAAUCUUGCCUCACAGUCAUUAGUACCCCCUGGGAUCCCCUUACUCAGUAAGCUACUCACUACCUUCUGUUACCUUGGGAGAGAGUUGGAGCUGCUGCUUUGGUAUUCUGUCCACUGUGGAGUUUAGGAAAUGCCCCAGUAAGAUCUGCAUUGCCACAUCUUGGAGUCCAACUUUACUGCUCUGCUCUUCCUCCAUCCGUCUGUACCAGUCUGAGGGGAGCAUUUCUGUACAGCAGCAGAAAGUAUCCUUCAUCCAGACUCCAACAACAUGGGAGACACUGUGGAGAAGUUCCUUGACAACAACCCCCAGUUUGCCAAGGAGUACUACGAAAAGAAAGUCAAGGCAGAGGUGGUCACUGCUGCCUUCAACAACCAGGUCCAGAUCAAAGACCCGGCUUCUUACAAGGAUGUCACCACCAUCCAGGAGACUGAGUUCAUAUUCGAGCUCAUUAAGGAAAUGCAGGGCAACAACCCGAGGGAGAAAGCCAUACAUAAAGUUCUCCAAAGGAUUGCUCUGCUCAUCCAGGCUGAUCGUUGCAGCUACUUUGGCUACGGGGCUCGUAAUGGAUCACCCGAGCUGUCCACAAUCCUCUUCGAUGUGAUACACAACUCUCCAUUUGAGAAAAAUCUGAUGAACCCCAAUGUAGAGAUUGUUUUCCCACAUGGGAAUUGUCGGAUGGACUGCACAUUCCAAGAAGCCCCAGAAUAUUGCUGAUGUGAAGAAGGUGAGCAAAGAAGAGAUUAGCUAAAAUUUGAAUGAAGAAAUAAAUAACUCGAGCAAGAAAAAGGGUAAACCAGGCUGUGUUACUGGUAUGGCAUCUUGUAAUUUGUGUUGCUAAAACCCAAUGACACUUAUUUCUGCAGAGACAGGGUGCUGCAAUUCUGACUUUUGAUGCUGUCAGAUUGCAACAGCAUCAUAACUUUAUAUCUGCUGCUCAAGCCAGAGUCCCUCAUGAAAUUGCAGUUUUGUCUGAAGAACUGAGACUUUUGUGUUCUUUAUAAAUAGCUAUAAACUGUCCUGUUGACUUGUAGCUUAAACAGUAUUAUAAUAGUGCAAUUAGACCAUUCUACCGAAAGCAUGACCUGUUUUUUAAACUCUGUUUCCUGUUGUGACUCGAUGUUGAGUUAAACAAUCUACUUGUGUUUCUGAUGUCAUUUCAGUGACUUUGUGGACAAACAGACCAAAUACACAACCAAAUGCAUGCUCACUGCUCCUCUAAUGAGUGGAAAAGAGCCCAUCGCUGUCAUUAUGGCGCUCAACAAACAAGGUGCUCAAGAAUUCUCCAAGGCUGAUCAGGAGGGGAGUGGACACAGUGUUCAUUUUUAAGAACGCUGUUAAUACUGUGUUUGUCAGAAUGACUCACAGAGACAUAGUCAAACACAGACUGUAUUUGGCUGAGUGGAGAAACUACUGAACUCUGUGUCACUGAAAUUGGAAAACAAAUCCGCUAUGAGGGUCACAUCCUAAUCUUGACGACUCGCUUCCUGUCUCUGACCUGUAUAUGUAGAGAUUUGAGUUGGUGUUCUUGGUCGACAUUAUGACUGCUCAACUUAUAAUCCACUGAGAGGGGUGAGAUGUUCAGACAAUUUUUCAUAGCCUCUUUGUGACAGUGACGCUUGAGGUCAAUCAGCAGCGAAGAUUCAUCCGAGACACUGUCAGGAAUAUUGAAAGUGAACGUGCGAAUGUGAUUCCUGAAGCAAUAUGAUUCUUUGCUCUUUUGUUACAGCUCUUCAAUAAAUAUGUGAACUUUG